CUUCCAACUCGAGUAUUGGAUGUUGGAACAACGAAUCAUGAGUCUGUUUCUCUCUUAGAAACCAACGGCCAGCGAGGAGAUUUCUGCGCACUCAGCUACUGUUGGGGUCCAGAAGGUACCCAGACUAUGAUCACAACGAAAGAUAAUAUCAACGAUCACCUGAGCGGCAUUCAAUUCAGCAAUUUGCCAAAAACCUUUCAAGAUGCCGUCACUAUUACACGUGAGCUUGGUAUUCGUUAUCUCUGGAUUGACAGCCUUUGCAUCAUACAAGGGGACAAACGUGAUUGGAUGAAGGAAUCUGCCAAGAUGGCAGGAGUUUACCAGAACGCACACCUGGUGAUUGCAGCUUCGGGAGCUACAAAUCCAAAACAAGGUUGCUUUUCGAACAAGCGUCGAUGCCCAACUGUUGUAGAAGUUCCAUAUUAUUCAGCGGAAGGCCAGGAAGCUGGCUCUAUGAAGCUCUCUAUGCGUAUCUAUGGCAACGAAUCACCUGCGUGGGGACCAUUGGUUAAGAGAGGAUGGGUCCUUCAGGAGUGGUAUUUGGCGCGAAGAGUUCUGCAUUAUAUGCCAUCCGGCAUUUCAUGGAAGUGC